AUGGAAUUAAACUUUAUCAUACAAGACGCGCAAAACAUCCGACAUAUGUUAGAACUUUUAGAUCAUUGUCCUCCGAACUUACAGGCCGAGAUAUGGAGCGUUUUCAUUGCCAUCCUGAGGAAAUCCGUUAGAAAUCUGCAAGCGUGCACCGACGUCGGACUAAUUGAGCUGGUCGUAAACAGACUAGCGCGUGCCGACACCGUCGUAGCAGAUCUUCUGAUUGAUAUGCUUGGAGUUCUUGCUAGUUUCAGUAUAACUGUAAAAGAGUUAAAACUACUACUGGGUUCAAUGAAAGCUAUUAAUGGAAAAUGGCCAAAACACUCCACCAAGCUCUUGAACGUUUUGCGACAGAUGCCGCAAAGGAAUGGUCCGGAUGUCUUCUUCAGUUUUCCCGGAAAAAAAGGAUCGGCCAUUGUUCUGCCACCGUUAGCGAAAUGGCCAUACGAAAACGGUUUUACGUUCUGCACGUGGUUUCGACUGGAUCCCAUCAAUUCGGUGAACAUUGAACGUGAAAAGCCGUAUCUGUACUGUUUCAAAACGAGUAAAGGCGUCGGGUAUUCGGCGCAUUUCGUGGGCAACUGUUUGGUGUUGACCUCCAUGAAGAUUAAAGGCAAAGGUUUCCAACACUGCGUAAAAUAUGAAUUUCAACCCCGGAAGUGGUACAUGAUAGCCAUUGUGUACAUUUACAACAGAUGGACGAAAAGCGAAAUCAAAUGCGUGGUGAACGGUCAACUGGCAUCGAGUACAGAAAUGGCCUGGUUUGUGUCGGCCAACGAGCCGUUCGAUAAAUGUUACAUUGGAGCGACGCCGGAACUGGACGAAGACCGCGUGUUUUGUGGUCAAAUGUCAGCCAUCUAUUUGUUUAGCGAAGCGUUGACAACUCACCAAAUAUGUGCCAUACAUAGAUUAGGUCCAGGAUAUAAAUGCCAAUUUCGUUUUGAUAAUGAAUGCCAUUUAAGUCUACCAGAGAACCACAAAAGGGUGAGUGAAUUUAAGAAUUUGAGCCAAACCCAGAAUUCAGAUAUUUCUCGCAUGCCCCAACACGCUGUCGAUAGUUCUGUUUUAUAUGAUGGUAAAUUGUCAAAUGCAAUAGUGUUCAUGUAUAAUCCUGUAGCGACUGAUGGCCAACUGUGUUUGCAAUCAACCCCAAAAGGAAAUGCAUCAUAUUUUGUGCACACACCACAUGCACUCAUGUUGCAGGAUGUGAAAGCUGUCAUUACCCAUUCCAUACACAGUACCCUAAACUCUGUUGGUGGUAUACAGGUGCUGUUUCCGUUAUUUGCUCAACUUGAUUUAUCUGCAGAACCUAUGGAUAAAAAAGAUGCUUCUAUAUGUUGGAAAUUAUUGGGUUUCAUUUGUGAUAUGGUUGAAACUUCACAAACGGUACAACAGCACAUGAUUCAAAACCGUGGAUUUCUAGUCAUUAGUUAUAUGUUACAAAGGUCGUCUAGGGAUCAUCUGACGCUAGAAGUAUUGGGUUCAUUCUUACGGCUCACAAAACACCUAGUCACCUGUCUUACACCCAACAAUGAGUUACUACUAAAACAGCUCCUCGAUCAUAUACUUUUCAACCCCGGUCUGUGGAUAUACACACCAACUCAUGUACAAACUAGGCUUUACACGUAUCUAGCAACAGAAUUCCUCUCUGACACUCAAAUUUAUUCAAACGUACGUCGAGUAUCUACUGUACUGCAAACUGUCCACACACUUAAAUAUUACUACUGGGUAGUAAAUCCAAGGAAUAAGAGCGGUAUUAUACCAAAAGGACUUGAUGGCCCUCGGCCUGCUCAAAAAGAUAUUUUGAUUAUUAGAGGUUAUAUUUUACUGUUUCUCAAGCAACUAAUGAUGUUAGGCGUAGGUUUAAAAGAAGAUGAGCUUCAGAGUAUUAUUAAUUACUUGACGACUGUUUGUGAGGAUGAAAAUCUGCAUGAUGUUCUUCAAACUCUCAUGUCUCUUAUGUCGGAACAGCCAGCAUCUAUGAUACCGGCUUUUGACGUAAAACAUGGUGUACGAUGUGUAUUUAAACUAGUGGCAUCAGAAAGCCAAUUAAUUCGACUACAAGCUCUAAAGCUCUUAGGAUUCUUCUUGAGCCGCAGUACGCAUAAAAGAAAAUAUGAUGUGAUGAGUCCUUAUAAUUUAUAUACUUUGCUGUCGGAACGUUUAAUGUUAAACGAAGAAACUAUUACACUACCCACUUAUAAUGUUCUUUAUGAGAUAUUAACCGAACGGAUUAGUCAACAAAUACUUUAUACUAGGCAUCCAGAACCUGAUAGUAAUUGCAGAUUAGAAAAUCCUAUGAUUCUCAAAGUAGUAGCUACUCUAAUUCGUCAAGCUAAACCAUCCGAGCAAUUAUUAGAAGUAAAGAAACUGUUUUUAUCUGACAUGACAAUACUUUGUAGUAAUAAUCGUGAGAAUAGAAGAACAGUAUUGCAAAUGUCUGUUUGGCAAGAAUGGCUGAUAGCAAUGGCGUAUAUUCAUCCAAGAACGUGUGAAGAGCAAAAAGUGUCUGACAUGGUCUAUAACUUAUUCACUAUGUUACUACAUCAUGCUAUCAAACAUGAGUAUGGUGGUUGGCGAGUGUGGGUUGACACUUUAGCCAUUGUACAUUCAAAGGUAUCCUUUGAAGAGUUUAAACUUCAGUUUGCUUUAAUGUAUGAACACUAUGAGCGCCAACGUAGUGACAACAUUACAGACCCCCGUCUACGUCAGCAACGUCCAAUCAGUACCAUAUCUGGUUGGGAAAACCAACCUCCAGCACCACCCAUAAAUCAUUCACCAUCUGAAACUCCAGAAUCUACUAUUAGUACACCUGUAGAAGACGUUCCAGUGCUAAAAGAAUGUAAAGAAAAAGACGAACAAGAGUUACCAACAAAUUCUGAAACUAUAUUAGGAGAGAGUGAAAUUGAAAAUGAAGAACCAUUGAUUUCAAGUGAAACUACAAAACUAAAAACUUUUACAGAUAGUAAAAAAGAUAAUAACACCGUAAAAACCCAAACUCAGAGUAAUGAAUUAAGCUCCACAAUAGAAAUUGUAAAAUCAAAUGAAGAAAUAUCAAAAGAAAUUGACAAUAAACUUGAAGAGGCUUUUAAAGAAAAUGAAAAUGAAAAUGAAAAUUUAGAAUCACCUAAUGAAACAACAGUUGAUGAAUUAGUCCCUACUAUUAUAGAAAACAAACAAGAUUUAUUAGAUUUGAACGAGAAAAAUGAAAACUAUAUUAUUGAACAAGUUAACGAUGUAAUUCCAUUAAAAGUGGUUGAAGAUGUAAAAACACAUUUGAAUAUCUCAGAAGAAAUUAAAAUGUUGGAUACUGCUGUCAAAAAUAGUAUUCAGCUAGACAAUUCAACAACCGAAAAAUAUUUGCAAGUAAAUGGUGACAUUUUACCUGUUGAUCAUGAAAGUACUGAACGUAAUUUUGAUGUAAUAGUUGAAAACCAUAUAGUAUCUAAUGGUGAAGACCUAGUAUCAAAAGAUAUUGAAAUACAUAAUAGUAUUAACACUCUGCUAAGUGAAGAUCUUAAAGAUAAUAGUAUUACCGAAAAAGAAAAUAUUGAAAUUGCGAUAACGAUUGAUUCAGGAUCCAAUGAAAGCUUGAAAGAAAAAAUAAAUAUCAAUGAUCUAAAUCAAGACAGUAUUAGUAAUAGUAGUGAUAGUGAAACAAUCAUAAAUUCAGAAUGUUUACAGCAUGAAAUUAAUGAAAAUGGCGUAGAAAAUAAUAUUGAGCAAAAUAUUGUUGCUCAACCAAUAUCUGUGAUAACAGUUCAGACAUUUGACACUGUCGAUAGUGAUUGUUCAGAGGCGUAUUUAACACCAAAUGAGCUUAAUGAUACACCGAAAAAAAAAUUAGAAAAAAUCAAUUUGAAUGCAAAUGAUCUUACCAGCAUUGUUAAUGAUGAUGUUAUGUCUCAAUUUAAUCCGUCCAUAGAGUGCAAUAAUGAAGUGGAAAUUCCGUCCAAUAACACAUCAGAAGCAAUCAUAGAACAACAAAUAAAAGAGGGGGAUAUUGAGCAUUUAGCAGAAAAUGAUGCUAAAGUUGAAGAAAAUGUUAAUAAAGUAGCAGACAAUUUUAAUAAUGUAGCAGAAAAUGAUGACAAAGUAGAAGAAAAAGUUAAUAAUAUAGAAGAAAAUAUUGGUAAAACAGAAGAAAAUGUUGAUAAUACAAACGAAACCAUCCGUAACAUAAAUGACAAUGUAGAUAAAGUAAUAGAAUAUGUUAAUAUUGUAAAAGAAAAUGAAGUUAACGUAGAAAAUGCCAAAAUUAUUGAAAAUUGUAAUAAAACAUCAAAUGAGUGUAAAGAAGAUGUGAACAACUUAGCAGAUAAUGAAGAAACUAAAUCUAUACCAAUGACUGACAGUGUUACAGACAAUAUUAAGGAAAACAAGAGUCUAGAAACACCGGAACCUACUUCAGUAAAUGGAAUUGAAGACAAAAAAAGUAAAAAGACUGAGAAAAAACCAAUUGUUCCAAAUAUAGAUACGAGACCAAUGUUUAAUCCAGGUCCAUCCAGACCUCCCUUUAGAAUUCCAGAAUUCAAAUGGUCAUACAUUCAUCAAAGAUUACUAUCAGAUGUACUCUAUUCACUUGAAUCCAACAUUCAAGUCUGGAGAGGCCACUCGACCAAAUCUGUUUUGGACUUUGUUAAUGGAGCCGAAAAUGCAAUUUUUGUGGUCAAUACUGUACAUUUGAUCUCGCAGUUGUCAGAUAACUUGAUUAUAGCUUGCGGUGGGCUAUUACCAUUGCUUGCAUCUGCCACAUCGCCUAAUAGUGAGUUAGAUAUUAUGGAACCUACCCAAGGAAUGACGGUCGAAGUGGCUGCGUCUCUACUACAAAGAUUAGUCAACAUGGCUGACGUGUUGGUAUUUGCUAGUUCUCUGAAUUUCUCUGAAUUAGAAACAGAAAAGAACAUGUCAAGUGGUGGAAUACUACGACAAUGUCUGCGUUUAGUAUGCACAAAUGCCGUGCGUAACUGUUUAGAAUGUAAAGAACGUAGUCGUCUGUUGGUCUUACCUUCGCAACCAAAUAACCCUAAACAGUUACAUUUGCAAUCGCUUAUACGAGCUGGUCAAUCAUCACCUAAGAGUUUAAUCGAUGGUUCCACAAAUCCCAUACGUGAUCCAGAAAAACUAUUACAAGAAAUGGAUAUUAAUCGUUUGCGUGCAGUUAUUUACAGAGAUGUGGAGGAAACCAAGCAAGCCCAAUUUUUAUCAUUGGCUAUUGUUUAUUUUGUGUCUGUGCUGAUGGUAUCCAAGUAUAGAGACAUAUUGGAACCACCGACAGCAAUGUUACAAAUACACGGGAGCGCUCAAACAAACAAUAACCAAACCCGAUCAGAAACUCCGCCAAAUGAGGAAGACUAUAAUAUGAUGAUGACAUCAAUGGAUAAUUUAAAUCAUACUUCACAAGUGCCAAGUAUCCCGUGCAACAAGAGUACAUGCUCUGAAGAAUUAGCAUCAACAAGCUCAGCUGCAUGCAGUGAUGCUGAAAGCAAUGAUACUGAUGUCAAAGCUAGUACCAUAGCAUCUGCUCAUAAUGAAGAAGCUUGGACUGAUGUAAAUCUUAACGAGGACUCUCAGUCUAACAACGAAGAUGAUGGAAGAAUUCAUAGAGAUAUACGUGGAGACAAACCGCUCAGUGAAAUAUCCGUGGUCAAUGUCCCAACAUCGACUACGCAAAACUUGAACAUGCAAAACCCUGGGCAUAACGUUGAAGAUUUCGGCUUAAAAAAUGUAAACUUGCCCCAUCAGACACAUUUGCCCAACAGAGAGGCAUCUCUUACACACAAGUUGGAAGCAGCACUGGGUUCCGUGUGCCCACUUUUACGUGAAAUAAUGGUCGACUUUGCUCCGUUUUUGUCAAAGACCCUUGUCGGUUCCCAUGGUCAAGAAUUGCUAAUGGAAGGCAAAGGAUUGACGACAUUUAAAAACAGUCAGUCGGUCGUCGAACUAGUAAUGUUGCUGUGUUCUCAGGAAUGGCAAAAUUCGUUACAAAAACACGCUGGUCUUGCUUUUAUCGAACUCAUUAACGAAGGACGAUUAUUGUCACAUGCCAUGAAAGAUCAUAUCGUACGCGUAGCCAAUGAAGCCGAAUUCAUAUUGAACAGGAUGAGAGCUGAUGACGUAUUGAAACACGCCGAUUUUGAAGCCCACUGUGCUCUGACAACGCUGGAACGCCGUGAAGAAGAGAAAAUGUGCGAUCACCUGAUAACGGCAGCGAGACGUCGCGACAGCGUGGUCGCAAGUCGCAUUCUGGACAAAAUCUGUAACAUAUUGUCCAAUAAACACGGUGCUUGGGGCUAUCUACACGAGAACAUUCCCAUAAGAAUGUCUCAGUUUUGGAAAUUGGACGUGUGGGAGGACGACGCUAGGCGGCGCAAACGGUUUGUGCCCAAUCCGCGGGGAACGACCCAUCCGGAAGCAACUUUAAAGGCUGCAUUAGAACACGGUGCACCGCAGGACGCAAUACUACAGGCCAGAGAAGAAGUUUUUCACGCUCAACUGGUGGCUAUGAGCACCCAAAGCGGUCCGGGCAGUCAGUCAUCCGACCUACUAGAUGAUUCAGAACUAAUGACUGAUGACAGAGAACUAGAUGCUGACCUCGUUGGGCCAGUAAACAUCAGCACAAGAGCGUCGUUAAUAUCGGCUGGAGUUGUUGCACCUGGUAUAGUGUCCAUAACAUCUGCAGAAUUGUACUUUGAGGUCGACGAAGAUGAUCCUGAAUUCAAAAAACUCGAUCCCGAGGUAAGUGCUUGA